UAAAUGGCGAAAUGAAUUGAAGGCUGCGCAGCAUUUAAACUCAUACUCUCUCUCUCUCUCUCUCUCUCUCUCUCUCUCUCUCUCUUCCUGCAAUUGAAACUGAAGCUUUGAAGCAUCGUAGCUCCAUCGUCUUCUCUUUCACACUGGAUCUUCGCGGUCGAGGCAAUUAGUUUCUGCUUCUCGAGCUUAAAUGUCUCGUCGGCUCGAUAUCUUCAUUUUCGCUCCUCUCCCAUCGCCACCGCCUCCACCUCCGCCAUUGCAGGAUAAUGUAGCAAGAACGGGAGAAGCAACCUUCGAUCAAGCUCGCAGUCAUGGAGGCGGUUCUUCAUCCAGUAACGUGAAACCUAGCUUUGAAAUCCUGUCUCUCAUCCUUGCCGUUGUCGUCUUGGCUUCCCUUUCUCUCCAUCUCCUGCUCCGCUGCCUUAAGCGAUCCUCUUCUUCCGACGAUGCUGUCCUCGCGUCCGCCGAGCCGCAUCCGGUUUCUCGCGUCUCCAACCGCCAAGUGUCGCCGGCUAAUCAGUCGCUGAUCGAGUCACUCCCUCUCUUCUCCUUCGAUUCGGUCUCUGGCCUCCGCAGCUCUUCCUUUUCGCCUGAGUGCGCCGUUUGUCUGUCGAAAUUCGAGCCGCACGACCUGCUCCGCCGUUUGCCUCUCUGUUUGCACGCAUUCCACUCUGAUUGCAUUGAUACGUGGCUCGCCUCACAUCAGACCUGCCCCCUGUGCCGAUCUGCAAUCCACGUGUCCGAAUCAGAACUUGCUUCCAAGCUGUCGUCUUUGUCCGCCCGCGGCGAUAGUUUCCGGAUUGAGAUUGGAAGCGUCAGCCGCGACAGAACGCCGACGGAUCACAACGCCUCCCGGCGGUCGUACUCGAUGGGAGAGUUCAACUAUGUGGUGGAGCAGGAGUGUGAGGUUGUGGUGCCACCGACGCACAGGCGGGGAGCUUCGGAAUGCAUUUCAAACGUGAAGGAGAAAGAUAGCGGAGGUGGAGGCAGAGAGCCUCCUGUGAAUACGCCUUCUCUUGCGCUUGCGCUUGCACAUGCUCCUGCUUCUGCGCCUGCUCCUGCGCCUUUGUUUACGCCUGCACCACCGGGAUCUGAAUUGGCAGCAGAAGUAGCAGGCGGGAGAGCUUGGUUGAAGGAUUACGUGGAUAGGUUGGCUUCUUCGGCCUCGUCUUCAUUCUCCUCGCGCACUCUCUCAUUGGGACAUUCCGGCAGGUUUUUUAGCGGAAGCAGCAGCCGCCGGAGCGAAGGCUUCGGGGGAAGUAGUCGACGAAGUGACGAUGGCACCGCUGGUUUUGAUGGCGGGAAUUGGGAUUUGGAGGGAAACCGGGUGGGCGAAGAGAUCAGUAGUUUUUUCCGGUGGUUAUCGGGGGUAUGAUUCGUAAUUUCCUAUCAACAUGAGAGCAACUUCAAUUCGAGGUCAAAAUGACGGAAAUAGCCUCUCCUCGAAUGGUUUUAUUAUCCUGUACAGAGGUUAAUUAGGAGGCGAAGGACAGUGAAACAGAAAAGCGAAAACGCCCUCAAUGGUCUGGGAGACUUGGAGACUUGGAUUGGAUCAUUGGAAUUGGAAUCCUACUUUCGUGGGCAUUAUCGUCAUAACAACUUAAGAGGUGAGCAUUUCAAUGAUUUUACUGAAAUGCCCCUAUAGGACAGAAUUGUAUUCUGAAACUUGUAAAAAUUGGCUUGCGAGUUGCGACAAUCAAACGGUUUGCAUUAAAAGUUGGGAGGAUUAGGUCAAUAAAAGGAGCGAGUGAGAUCAUCAUUCAUCAAACAUUAAUUGGAGUGAUUUGAGUGGAGUAGAGAGAGCGACCAAACCAAACUCACUUUUGCUAGGUCCAGACUCAGAGAGAGAGAGAUUGUUUAAUGAAUUAUAUGGAUCAGAGAGGAAGGGGUAUGUAUUAAAUGGGCCCCCAUUUAUGAGAAGUCACAGAUAACUGGUUUCAUUACGUGACCUCUCAUGGGAGAUAGGCGGCUUUAUCAAUUUAUCAUAUUCAUGUGUGUGAUUUUCUAGCUUGUGAGUUGUUUAAAUGUGUAGUAUAUGUGUUAGAAACAGGACCCUCUACGUGGUGGUCCAAAUGGGAGGUCCCUAGCAAUUUGUCCGGAUCGAAGUUUCUCAAAUGAAUGAUCAAUUGCUUGUUCCUUUU